AUGACACGCAAAACAUUGCUAUCAGCAAAUCAGAUACGAGGAAAGGUCUGUGGAGCUGCAGCUGUACAGGGGAAUGACACUAUAUUUCUUGGUAAUAUUGAUAAAAAUUGGAUGAAAGAAGAUGUCAUGAAAUUGUUAAAGGAAAACGAAAUCGAGAAUAUUGACACACUUACAGUCGUCAUGGACCCGAAUAAUACCAACUUGAAUCGUGGGUUUGCAUUUCUAGAACUCAAAACUAACCGUGAUGCACAACGCGCUUACAAAAAACUUCAAAGGAAUGAUAUUGUUGGCAAGGGUAGGAGUAUCAAAAUUGCAUGGGCCGAUUCCUUCAAUAUUCCGGACGAAGAGGAUAUGCUAAAGGUAAAAUCGGUAUAUGCUGAAGGAGUUCCAGAUUCGUGGAACGAAGAUAGGCUUAAGGAGACUUUCAAUAAGUACGGGGAGAUAGAGCGAAUUGUUCUUGGGAGGAACAUUAAAUCGGCAAAGCGAAGAGAUAUUGCAUUCAUUAACUAUAAAACCCGAGAAGCUGCUAUUUCGUGCAUCGAAUCUUUCAGUAGUGAUGACUUGACUGUCAAUGGUUCUAAGGUAAAUUUGAAGGUCGCACUUGCAAAACGCGUACAAAAGGCAACUCAAAACAAAGGACAGAAACCUAUUAUUAAUAACUCCUUGAAAGAAACACACAAGCCUGUCCAAGCCCUUCCUUUACAGGAUUAUUCAUCAACAGUAUUGGGAACGAAGCGCUCCUUUUCGGCAUUGGGUGAUGGCAUGUAUUCUGAUUUGCGGGGAUAUCCCCGCUCUCGUUUGGACGGCGGUUUGGGAAUCGCAGGCUCAAGUUAUGCUGUGAUGCCUCCCGGUGGGGUUGGUUCAUCUCUACAUUAUCAACAUCAGUCAGCUCCUGCUGGUUAUUCUACUGGUUCUUUCUAUCAAUCUGGAAGCAACACAGACAAUUAUCAGAUCAGACAAGGAGUUCCCCCCUACUCCAGCAACCUUUAUCAUAGAUAUCAAAUGUGAGUGCUGAAAUGAUUCCAUGAUUAGGUGUAAUGUUUGUGCUCUGUUGAGGGUUUAGGACAU